GAGACAGAGAGAGUGUGUGUGAGAGAGAUAAGAGGAGGAGGAAAGGUCGGUUAGGGUUUUCCAGUAAAUAAUACUUUCACGUUCAACGGUCACUGGAGAAGAAACCACGUCUGCCGCUCGUCUAACAGAAUACAGAAUCCUUCACUGAGGGACGCUCAGGGAUUAUUACGGGGAAUGGAGAUUGUAAUACUAGUUUCAUUAUUGUCUCUGUAUUGUGACUUCACCGAUGCUGAGUGCCCGGUAAUCAGUCCUGCCAGGCUGGUGGUGAAGUAUGGAGACCCAGCCUCCUCUAACUGCAGCUCAGAUACCCCUGUAGAGAUGGGCUGGGAAGCCAUCCAGGGAGGGACGAGUCUAACAGACAACAAGGUGAAGAUCCUAAACUGGAGGGUGAACAGUGUGACUGAAUGGAAUAGCAAACCUACCUGCUUCACAGAAGGAGGCCAGUGUCAGAAACAGCUGAACAUCACAGUUUAUAAGCUUCCAGACCGUGUCUCCAUCAGCUACAGGAAGUACCCUGAUCCGAUGGUUGAGGGGCAUCAGUACCUGCUGCAGUGUCUUGUCCAGAACAUCGCUCCUAUUGGGAGACUUAGGGUGACCUUCUACAAAGUCAGUGCCACUGGUGAACAGACAGAAUUAGACACACAACAGAAAUCCAAGGACAACAUCAAGACACCAGAGAAUGGGACCUACACCCUGGACUUCACCCCUGGUAGAGAUGAUGACGGGGCCCAGUUGUUGUGUUCGGCCAUGUUGGAUCUGGGACCAGAGGGACCCCAACCUCCUCCUGUAAUGGACUCAAACCGCCUCAACACCAACGUGCACUACAAGCCUCAGAUCACUAGUCCUGGAUGUUUCUCCAUGAGCAUCACGGAGGGUGACACCCUAUCACUUAACUGUAGAGCAAAUGGUAACCCUGCCCCCUCCUACAAUUGGUUGCUCUCCCAUGCCGACCCCAACACCAUGGAAGAGAGAUCCGUAGUGACCAUCACCAACAUGGCCAAGUCUCACUCUGGAGAGUACACCUGCAUCGCCAGAAACCCCCUGGGAAAAAGCACCUGUACUGUUAACGUGGAGGUCACAGUGAACUACCUGCCCAUCAUUGCAGGGCUGACUGCAGCUGUGGUGGUGAUCCUCUUGGUCUCCUGUUUCAUCUACUCCUGGCCACCCCACAGAGCCUGGUUCCUCUCUAGGUUUCUUCCUAGGUUUUGGCCUUUCUAGGGAGUUUUUCCUAGCCACCGUGCUUCUACACCUGCAUUGCUUGCUGUUUGGGGUUUUAGGCUGGGUUUCUGUACCCCACUUUGAGAUAUCAGCUGAUGUACGAAGGGCUAUAUAAAUACAUUUGAUUUGAGUUUAGAACACAUUCUUACUACAAACCCGGAUGACGCUGGGCCAAUUGUGCGCAACCACUUCCGGUUGUGAUACAGCCUGGAAUCGAACCAGGUCUGUAGUGACGCUUCUAUCAAUGAGAUGCAGUGCCUUUAGACCGGACCUCAUUUCAAAAUAGGCUACAUGUCAUAUUAAACAGCAUAUAAACACUAAAUUGGUCAGGAGCCUGAGAAGGAACCAAAAUGAAUGAUUUAAGCUAGAUUAUUUCAAUUAUUUCCAGGCUAUAGCCUACAAAGAAAUACAUUGUGAAGCAUUUACCAGUGCAACACAGUAGCCUGGUAGGGACCAGAGUAUGUGAGCGAUGCUGAAACAGAGCAGAGCGUGCUCAAUUGGACUGGAUCGUGGAGCGAGAUGUUAGGUUACAUACGGGGUGCCAUUGUUUUUUCUUUUCAGAUAUAGCAGUUGUUACACGCUGACUACAUGAAACAUCCACAACUAAAGAAUCAUUGUGGAAUCUUAAAAGACACUUAUUCCAAAAGUAUGACGGUGUACUUACUACGUGCUUUAGUACACCAUGCUAAACGAAAGGAAACGAGGUGGGGAGAUAACGAAGUGUGUCAUUGUAGCAAAGUAUUUAUAAACAAUCUGAUAUCUUAAACGUUUCGUUCAUUUUCGUUAUAUUAUUUAUACAAUAGGCCAUAAUUGAUUUUGGCCCAAUAGGCCUGGCAUAUUCCCACGUUUAAGGAGCUUUCCGUUUUGAUUGGGCCAUUUUGCCUAAAAACCUUUAGGCCUACAUAUAGAUUUUUUUUGUAACAGUUCUGCCUAGGGUGGCCAAAUAUAUGAAACGCCGUUUGGGUCUUUGCAUGCCAAACAAAUAUACAUGUCAAAUAACACUAUAACACUACAAUAACAAUAACUACAAUAACAAUAACUACAAUAACACUACAAUUAGCUUGUUGACCAAUCAGGACCUGAAAAUGCGUUCAUUUUUUAAAACGUAGUUAUUACACAUUGAUUACACAAUCACUACUUCAUAUGUCACAACGAUUCAUCGUUACGUAGUGUUAUGAUGCUGGUAAAGUUGUCUCGCGCACCUACAGUGGCGGUCAUAAAAAAAAGCUAGCUAGCUCAUGGAUGCAAACAAUGUUCUUCCCCAAAAACAUAGCAAAACGACAUAAUUUGUUUCAGUAGUUAUAUAGUUAGCUAGGUGUCAUCAUCUAAAAUAACCCUAAUUUAUAAGACAGUUCAUAUUUGAUUAAUGGUGUUCGGACCCAUCUAUGUGAAGCGAGCCACAAUAAGGAUUAGCUAAAUAGUGGAAUUUGCGGUUAGCCUUCAAAAUAAAAGUAUGUAAUUGACAGUGAUGCAAAUGAAUACAAAUUGUAGAAUUAUGCCAUAAUUGAAUAGAUCAUGCUAAACGAGGUUGGAAUGUUGUUUUAUAAAAUCCACAAAGACAAUCA